UAAACGAUCGAAUUUUAAUUUAAAAUCUAUAGAAUGCAUAGAAAAUCGAAUUCAUUUCUGCUCUGAAUCUCGUGGAGGAAAGAUUAAAAAUUGAAAAAUGAAGCUUUCGUUCGGAAAAAAUAUUUUAUCGAAAGUAGAAAAUUUUUCUCUGCUUUGCAGUAAAGCAGAUAAGUGCGUACCCAAAAUCGGAACCGUUGCCCUGGAAAGAAAAUCCACUUUGAGUAAUGGGGAAAAUUCCAAAAGUGGAUGGAAUAAAAGUUUUUUGGUUGGUUCCACCAUUUUGGGAUUGACAUCGGGGGCUCUUUAUUUAAAAUAUAAGUCGAAAAAAGAGUUUUUCGUCAAUCCUUUGCCUAUAUUGGAAGCAGAAUGUAGAAAAUACGGCGAAGUCCAUCCGUGUUUGCCUAAUUAUUCUGCAAAACAAGUCGCCGAACACGACACGUUAGAUAAGUGUAUUUGGGUAACGUACAGAGCCGGUGUUUACGACAUAACGAAGUACAUCAGCCAACAUCCAGACGAUAAAAUAAAAUUUGCAGCCGGAGGAUCUCUAGAGCCUUUUUGGGAAUUAUAUGGCACCCACAAACGCGAUGAGAUGAUGGAGAUAUUAGAGAAGUAUCGCAUUGGCAAUCUUUGUAUGGAAGACAGAAAACCGAGCAGAGAUAUGUAUGGCAACGAGCCCGAUAGACAUCCUAGCCUGAAAGUAGCUUGCCGUCAACCAUUUAACGCGGAAACACCUUUAGAAUUGCUGGGUGAAAAAUUUGUCACGCCAAACGCACUCUUCUACGUCCGCAAUCACUUUCCUGUUCCUCAGGUAAAUGGUAGAGAUUAUAAAUUAACCAUUCAAUUAAUGGACGGCAAGACUACUUGUUAUUCGCUGAAAGAUCUGAUUUGCAAGUUCCCGAAAUACACAAUGAAUGCAACUAUUCAAUCGGCUGGCAUCAGAAGAUCCGAAUUAGAUAAAGUGAAAGAUACUUCGGGACUGAAGUGGUGUUCGGGAGCAAUCGGUACUGCAACCUGGGGAGGUGCUAAAUUGGUGGAUGUAUUAAAGUGUGCGGGAGUCGAUUUGAACGAUGGAAAUAUUAAGCAUGUCCAUUUUGAAGGAUUAGAUAAAGAUUGCAAGACUAACACCCACUAUUCAGUUUCCGUUCCGGCUCAUAAGGCUCUUGAUCCGAAAGAAGAUGUUUUACUAGCGUACGAAAUGAAUGGAUGCCCUCUUCCUCCGGACCACGGUUAUCCGGUAAGAGUGGUAGUGCCGGGUUACGUUGGUACUCGAAGUGUGAAAUGGCUAGGAAAGAUAAGUAUGGCGUGCAGAGAAAGCGAUAGCGAAUGGCAGCAGAAUGAUUACAAGAGUUUCUCCCCGAAUGUGGAUUCGAAUAAUGUAAAUUGGUGUAAAUCUGUAGCCAUUCAGGAAAUUCCAGUCGUUUCCGCCAUUUGUGAACCGGUGAAUAACAGCAAAGUAAAAAUCUGCGACGGUAAAUUAAAAAUAAAAGGUUACGCAUGGAGCGGAGGUGGAAGAAAGAUUAUUCGGGUAGAUGUUUCCGUAGACGAGGGUAAGACAUGGAAAACUGCAGAUUUGAAGCAGGAAGAUACGCCUUUGCAUCGAUCCUGGGCCUGGACAAUGUGGGAAGUGGAAGUUCCGGUAAAGCAAAGGAAUUGCGGUCUAGGAAUUAUAUGCAAAGCGGUAGAUUCUUCUUACAACGUGCAACCAGAAACUUUUCCUCCUAUCUGGAAUCUACGCGGUUUUCUGGGAACAGCCUGGCAUAAAAUCAACGUCACCUUACAAUAACUUUUUAAAAACAAAUUGAAUCAAUUCUUUCGGACGUUCAGAAAAAUUUCUUCAAAACAGUUUCGAUAUAACAAAAUUAUUUUAAAAAUGGUUAAUCU